CUCUCUCUUUAGGGGGCUGACAGGAGCCAGUUUCUUCAGUGUGUUUGAGGGAGCAGAGGAGAAACUUGUGCUGACAGUCAAACAGACGUGUGACGAGCAGAAGAUGAUGGAGCGAUGUCUGACACUCGUUUUACUCUUCACAAUAAUCACUCUAACCACAUCUGAUUUUGAGACUGUUAGGUUUGUUGGUGGUAACAGUCCCUGCAGUGGUCGAGUGGAGGUUCAUCAUAGUGGUCAGUGGGGAACAGUGUGUGGUGAUUACUGGGAUAUGACUGAUGCUGAAGUGGUGUGUAGAGAGCUGGGAUGUGGAGAGGCUGUAGAUGCUGUGGGUGCUGCUCAUUUUGGACAAGGAUCAGGACCAAUCUGGAUGGAUGAUGUUGGCUGUAGUGGAUCAGAGUCUACACUGAAGGACUGUAGAUCAAGAGGAUGGGGUGAUAGUAACUGUGAACAUGGUGAAGAUGCUGGAGUCAAAUGUUUAGAAGAUUCAAGGCUUGUUGCUGGGUCUCAUCUGUGCUCUGGGAGACUGGAGAUGUAUUUUGGAGGACGAUGGGGUUCAGUGUGUGCUGCUGUCUUUGACCAGCAGGAUGCAGAGGUUGUGUGUAGAGAGCUGGACUGUGGGGCUCCUGUACAGGUGCUGGGAGCAGCUGCUUUUGGCAAAGGAGACGCUCAGAUGUGGACACAAGAGAUUCAGUGCAGAGGAAAUGAAUCACAAAUUCGACGCUGUCCAUCAUUACACUUAAAUAAUACAAACUGCACCCAUGAAAAUGAUGUCGGACUGAUAUGUUCUGGUUACACUGAUCUCAGACUGGUAAACGGUCCUGGCAUCUGUUCUGGAAGAGUGGAGCUUCAGUUCCUCGGUAAAUGGGGCACAGUGUGUGAUGCAUGCUGGGAUAUGAGAGCUGCCAGUGUAUUGAAGAUUAAUGCUUUUGUCAUUUAA